UUUCAUCUGUAGACUACAUUCGUCCCUGGGCAGAUAUAUACAAACAUUUAGCUUCACAAACAUUUCACAUAACAUUUUUAAAAAGACAGGCCUACAGUUAACUAUUAAAAAUAUCGACCAGUCAGACCAUUACUCUGUUCCAGCUGGCUGAUGGGCAUUAGAUUGCUACUGUUUGGCAUCACACAGAUCAUUUCUGACUAAUUGUCUCAAUCAAUGGGAGAAGAUUUCAAAUAGAUGAAUGGAGCAAAAAUUGAUUUAAUUUAAUAACACUUUCUAAAUUCAAACGAAUCCCCUGCAACUAGACAUGGACGUUUAGAAGACAUUGGUUGUCUUCCAAGUCCAGAAUUGAGGAGUAUUGCCAAGUUAAUUAUUCGGGAUCGAUGUCCCUUCCACGGGACGGUUGAGCUAACGUGGGCUAAUGCGAUUAGCAUGAGGUUGUAACUAACAAGAAAUCUGAUAUUGGUAGAAAGCAUAAAUUCUUGUUAAUCUAACAGCACUGCCCAAUUUACAGUAGCCAUUACAGUGAAAUGAUACUAUGCUGUUGUUUGAGGAGAGUGCACAAUUUUGAACAUAAAGUUAUUAAUAAACAAAUUAGGCAUAUUUGGGCAGUCCUGAUACAACAUUUUGAACAAAAAUGCAGUAGUUCAUUGGAUCAGUCUAAAACUUUGCACCUGCACUGCUGCCAUCUAGUGGCCCAAAUCUAAAUUGCACCUGGGCAGGAAUAACAAUGGUAAAUGGCCUUUCUCUUGCAUUUCAUAGAUGAUGGUACAAAAACAAAUACAAAAGAACGGUUGUUCUUUUUCUUUGUAUUAUCUUUUACCAGAUCUAUUGUGUUAUAUUCUCCUACAUUCCUUUCAAAUGGUAUCAAGAAUAUGCAUAUUCUUGCUUCAGGUCCUGAGCUACAGGCAGUUAGAUUUGGGUAUGUCAUUUUAGGUGAAAAUUGACAAAAAAAGAGGCGGAUCCUUAUUAAGUCUGGUCGAAAAGUCUGUGCUCUGCCAAACUGUAAACUACUUGUAACUACGAAUGGAGCAUCACAUUAGCCCGUUACAGUUUGUUAGCUAGCCUACAGAUGCUUUACAGUUAAAAGUUAAAUACACCUUUGUCGCACUAAGCCAAUAGUGAUGGGAAUUUCCGUUAUAUUAUUUGAUGUAGAAAUACCGGCAUGAUAUACUGUCAGCUAUCUGGUAGUUGGAUCAAAUGCAACAUAGUAGCAGGCCAACUGUACGUGUGCGUGACAACAUUAUUUCGCAGCAACAAUACACCCGCCAUUAUGACGCAAUUAUUGAGUGAUCAUGUUAUCGCUAGUAGCCUUCAUUACUGCUCUCAGCGCAUUGGACAAUUAUUGGAGGCCAUCAAUAAUGCAUUGGACGAGCGCGUUCAUUACAUUUUGUCAGUAAAUAAAUAUUUGAACGACUUUACUCUUGUGAUUUGGAAUUUCGUGCGUCUACGCUUGUGUUCAUAAGCAGCAAGAUGCCUUAUCCACAUAGAGUGGUGAAUAUUCCCACGGGAUUCAAGGACUUGCUUGAGGGAGUGAGCAAGGCUGUGGUGAAGUAUCAACCGGAGAGUAUCCCCGCCUUCGCAGCGGGCUUCUUCAAUGCGCUUCUAAUCUUCAGAGACGAGAAGCCAGGCAUGCCUAUCCAUGAGCUUAUUAAAGAAUUCAGGGCUACAAAAGGCUCUCAUUUCUACAGGAAGAAGAAUAAAGCUGUACAGCCGCAGGUCACUGUCCAAGGUCCUGAAAAGUCCCCCCAUCCCAAGCCAAUCCCGGAGUGGGAGGCAGGCCCGUUGCUAAUGGAAGCUAGAUGUGAGGAUGUCAGGGAGCCUUUCUCCUUCAUCUCUAGUGACCAGCCCUGCAGCAGCCGAGACAUCCAGGCUAUGGAUGCAGUGGCAGGAGCUUCUACUGACGGUGGCCAGAACGAGUGUGGCCUGCAGGUCUCUGCCACCACCAUCACACUAUCCCCAGGGCCCAUCCCAGCAGACAUUGCCCAGGGCCUGGCCCUGUACCGGCGCAAGAUUGACCUAGAGUCGUCCCCCCGGGACUCUCCUCCACUCGGGGCUUCCGCCAACAACUCCUGUGCGCGUGUCCGUUCGGCCCUCUUCGAGCGGGUCUCCUUCAGCGAGAUCAGCCAGGAGUUGGAUGCGGUGCUGAUCCGGACUGGCGUGCUCCCAUCAGAGUCCCUGAUCAUCGUGCAGACAGAGCAUGUACCCAAGAUGAUUGUGUUCCAGGCUCAUCCCCUAUUGGCUGAGAACGCAGCAGUGACUCCGCCUCCGUGUGACGUCCCUGUCAGGUAUAAGUGCAGCUGUGCCUCAAUGGUGGGCGCCCUCGAAGACGUGGUGGCACUAUUGGAGAUGGGCGGUGCAUCUCAGCCCAGCUAUCCCAUCUGUGAGAGAGCAGGUCCCGUGGUAGAGAGACCAGCUGCUAUGGUCGCUGAGCCUGAGGAGUCUCUAGCCCUUGGAGACAAGGUUGUACCCCUUGAGGUCUACUCUGCACCAGUCGAACCCCAGGAGAUGACACCCUCAAGGCCCUCCAUCCCAGUUGGAACACUGGAGCUCCCUGUUUCAGCCCCUGCUGUGUCUGACUCCCCUGCUGUGUCUGACUCCCCUGCUGUGUCUGACUCCCCUGCUGUGUCUGACUCCCCUGCUGUGUCUGACUCCCCUGCUAUGGCUGUCCAAGAGGUGCAGAUUAGUUUGACCGAUCGUCCUCUCUCAGUCAUCCUACACUCCCUCUCUGGUGCAACUUCACCAUCCGAGACAGCAGAGGAUGUGAUGCUGGUUCCUAUGGUAGUGUCCCCUCCUGAAUCAGUCAAAAGGGUGGUGAGAGAGUCCUCUGAUCUUCUGUGUCCUCUUCCUGCAGCGACAUUGGAGACUGAGUCUGUUAGUGUGAUUUGUCCCCCUCCUUCUCCAGUGACUGUGGAGAUCCAGUCUUCCAUUCUGGCUUCUCCCCUUACUGCUGCAACCGUGGAGACAGUAUCCUCCAAUCGGAUUUGUCCUUCUUCUGUGGUCAGCGUGGAGACUGAAUUGGCCGAUAUGCUAUCUCCUUCUGCUGCAGAGACAGUGGAGGCCAAAUCUUCUGUUUUGACCUGCCCCCAUACUGCAGUGACCGACAAUUUUGUGGCCCCUGUUUCUGUGUACCUUCCUGUUGUGGCACCAGAAGAGACCGGUGUCCCCAGUGUGCAGCUCCCAGCUCCCGCGCCUGCCUUGACAGAGGAAACUCAGUGCCAGUCUGCUUCACCAUGCCUACCCACCCUCACGGCCGCAGGAGAGUCCAGAACCCCCUUCUUGGUCUACCUCCCACUGCCUGCUCCAGAGCUGGCUAAGACCCCUGGUCUGUUGUGCCAACUGGGCCUGGGACCAGAGGAAGCCAAGAGCUUCCCUUUCCUGUGUCUCCCUAUUUCUGACAUCCCCAGGACCCCAAGUCUUGUGACUGCCAACCUGGCUCCAGCUCAGACUGCGGCUGUGGCUCCUGCUGCUGCUCCGGAUUUACCAAGGACCAACCUCCCUGGAGUGACAGAUAUCCCCAGGACCCUGAGUUAUGUGGCGGCUGGAGCUCAGGAGCUACCACGGCUCCAGAGCUAUACGGCUAACACCGCUGAAGUCCAGGAGCCACCGAGGACCCCCAGCUAUCUGGCUAACACCCCUGGAGUUCAGGAAAUACCACACAACCCCAGCUAUCUGAAAAACUCAGCUGUCUUCCAAGAUAUGUGCUUUAUGUGCCCCUCCGUUACCGCCUCCAAUCUGUCCAGGAACAAUAGCUUUGUGCACUCUCCAGCUGCCAUCGCUCCACAGCAGCUGAUUAGGGGCCCGUGUAUGAUGUCUCUGUACCCCCAGGGAGGGCCUGUGAUGGGCCACUGUACCCACUCCCCAGGACAGUGUCCUGCGUCUCUGCAGCAGCAGUCUGGCAUGGCUCCGCUCAACCACGGACAGACGACCAACGCCAACUUCAUGCCCAUUUGUUCUCAAGGGCCAAGCCUGUGUAGCUGCCUCGGCAGAACUGGCAGCCACUGGCGCCUCUGUCACCUGACGCGACCCGAGUCCCAGGGCAGGGUGGGCGGCAUGAUCUGCCCCUACCAGAACUCCCAGACCAUGAUGCACUGCAACAGCCUGGAUCACAUGGCCAACAUCCCCAUGUACCAGGACUGUGGCCACUACUCUAGCAGCUGCCACCUGCUGCCACCGUGCUCCCAGUCGUCCCACGGCAGCCUGCACACCCACCACGUGGCCGAGCCCCGUUGCUCUGCUCACAACCUGGGCACCUCCUUCGUCCAGCCCCAGAACUGCUCCUCCGACCCCCUCUUCCACUACCCCCAGCAGUACCACCUGGUGGCCACCCCCUCCCAGGAGAGGCAGCAGGCCCUGUGCCCUCUCCAGUGCCCACUGCUGCAGCAGCGCCACAGCUCCCUGCUCUUCUGUGGGCACCAGGGGGAGCUGAGCAGGCUGGGCUCCUCCAGCUGUGUCCCUGCCACCAACCAGAGACAGAACCAGGGAGGGGUGGGGCAGAAGAAUAACAACCCCAGCUGCGUAUCGCUUCAUAACAAAAGAUUAGACACGAGCGCAAACAACAAUCAAGGCUGCGUCAUGAACUGCAAUCCCCAGGGCAACUAAUCCUGUCUUCACAUGAGAAGGACCUUAUUUUUGCAGUUGCCAAUGUCUCUUUUGCAUUCUUUUAAACUGAUAAUGAGGAAUAAAUAUACUUACAUUGCAUGAAUUUCGAUAGUGCACAAACCCUCAAUCAAUCACUACAAAAACAUACAACUUAAGGUAAUUGCAGCUAUGUAAAGGCAGUAGAUGGAGGGUAAACUUCCACAUUGAUACAACAGUUUAACAAAGAUUUGGUAUUGGGCUGUUGUUUAAAGCUAGAAUCCUUAGUCGCUACAUCAAUUUUUGAACUAUAACUUAUAAAUCCCUCUUGAGCUUAGUUCAAAUGUCGUACCCCAUCAGAAACCAAAAUAUAAGCUUGUUUUACUCCAAUGCUUGUAAACAAUGUAAACAAACACUUUAUACCCUCCAAACAUGGUUCAAACUAUAAUUUUGAUAUCACUGAUGGUCAGUCCUUACGUCGAUGGCUCUGUCUAUGAAUUUGAGAGAGUCAUGGAGAAAUGUAACCAAUCUCUCAACUUUUUACCAAAAUAGUGGCGAGGUGUCACUUUGCUCUAUUUUUAAACUAAGGAUUCUAGCUUUAGGACCACUGUUUCUGUGGAAUGAAUGGAACCAUUGCAACACUCACAAAAUUAGUCAUAAUGUCACAUCCAUGUUGCAUAGUAACAGAUUCCAUGGGUGGAAGUGUGAGUUAAAGAAAUAGAGAAUCACCAUCAACCUUUAAAAUCUGGCUUAGACAGUCUGGACUGACUUGGACUGAGCCUAAGGCCAUGUCAUCCUUUUAACAUCUGCUCAGUUACUCAUCAGAAGUCAAAAUGACCUGUUCGCCAGGUUGUUAUGACAUAGUUGCAUGGGGUAAGGAAUGCAUUAAAUAGAAAAGCUAAAUUAGCUUGCAGGUAAUGUUAGCUAUUAUACAUGUUGUUUGUUUUCCUGCUAUUGAAGCUCAUCACAACAUUAUUUGACUAUCUAAUGAGAAGUUAGAGCAACUACACCAUAAUAUUUUAAAAAGUACAACAAUAGAGUAGACAGAAAGUGAUACAUUGUUGCUUUUGGCUAUGUUGUGGUGGAUGAGCUAAACAAUGGAACGUGGCCGGUGUCUGUCGAUUGCCACCAACAACAACAAGCAACACUCUCUAUGCAAGUGCCCACUACCAGUUACCAACACCAACAACAAGCAACACUCUCUAUGCAAGUGCCCACUACCAGUUACCAACACCAACAACAAGCAACACUCUCUAUGCAAGUGCCCACUACCAGUUACCAACACCAACAACAAGCAACACUCUCUAUGCAAGUGCCCACUACCAGUUACCAACACCAACAACAAGCAACACUCUCUAUGCAAGUGCCCACUACCAGUUACCAACACCAACAACAAGCAACACUCUCUAAGCAAGUGCCCACUACCAGUUACCAACAACAAGCAACACUCUCUAUGCAAGUGCCCACUACCAGUUACCAACACCAACAACAAGCAACACUCUCUAUGCAAGUGCCCACUACCAGUUACCAACACCAACAACAAGCAACACUCUAUGCAAGUGCCCACUACCAGUUACCAACACCAACAACAAGCAACACUCUCUAUGCAAGUGCCCACUACCAGUUACCAACACCAACAACAAGCAACACUCUCUAUGCAAGUGCCCACUACCAGUUACCAACACCAACAACAAGCAACACUCUCUAUGCAAGUGCCCACUACCAGUUACCAA